AGGGAAAUGCCACGUGGUCCCGCCAACCAAUUUCUACUCAUCUCAUCAGCGCAAGAUUAGCAACUCCUCCGACUCGAGACUUAAACAGGUCGGACUUGUAAAGUUGUAACUUCCCUUUUGGCGCUGUAUAUUCAAUACGGCCGACACAUUCCCACUACCAGCUGACUGACAACGACAUUCCAUUGAAAUGGACGGAUUUGAUGAUUUGUUGGCGCCUUCCCGGUCAAUGUUGGAAGAUAAUCCUUUUAACGAAGACAGUAACCCUUUUGGCUCGAGGCGCUCUGGUUCUCCAGAUCCAUGGGCUUCUCCCUUUGAUCAUAGCCAUGAUGCUUGGACCGAGGAUCACCAUACGCAACAAUCGACUGAAGUCGAGGAUUAUGAGCCGGAAACACCAGUAUCAAGUUCCAAUAUCUCCACAGAAAUCCCAACUGAGCCUGUCGACUCUGCGGGACCCGGUGAUCCCCUUGACUCGGCUACUGCGAAUGUUCCUUCUUCCGAUGAGGAAGACAACAAGCCUCUUGGUUUCAAACGUGCCAGGAACGUAUCGUUGAAGGCAUCCGGAUUCAAGGAGAGUGUCGAUAUUGCGUCUGAGGAUACAGAAGAAGAAGAAGGCAAAAAGGAUGAAAGGUCGGCGUGGAAGGAGGAACAGGCUCAGGAUAAAGGGAAAGGGAAAGAGAUUGAGGAAGUGCUUGAAAAAGCUGAAUCUCUGAAAGGCUUUUCAGAGACUGCUACGAUUCGACCUAGUAUGAUUGAGGAACCUGAACUUCAGCGGCAUCCUACUCCUCCAACUGUAACUUCAAGCACAUCAUCGCUCUCAGGUCCCAGCUCCCCUACUGCAGUUUGGGGUCCUCUCUCUGGACAAACGUCUGGCUGGGGCGAACACGAACCCUACAGUCAGCCAGAAUUCGAUGACGGGAUGUCCGCGUCUGCGCCUGUUGUAUCACGUAACCGGGAUGAAGACGACAGCGACGAUGAUAAACCUCUUGCUCAGAGUCUUUCCAUGUCUCCUAAAUCUAAAAAGCGUUCUAUCUCCAAUCGUCCUGAUGACCCGUCUCUCCCUCCGCUUUUCACUAUAACGGUUGACGAUCCACAGAAAGUUGGUGAUCCAAUCCGCUCGUAUGUCAUGUACACAGUACACACACGGACAACUUCCCCCCUUUACCAAAAGUCAGCCUUUUCAGUGUUGAGACGGUACUCGGACUUCCUUUGGCUUUACAACACAUUGUCAUUUAACAAUCCUGGAGUAGUGGUUCCUCCUGUGCCAGAGAAGAAUCCACUACUAUUCACUAAUCCUAUAUUGGGAUCCGCAGGCAAGAAAGGCUACGUAGGGAGGUUUGACGAAGGAUUCAUUAGGCAGCGGAGGUUCGCACUCGAAAAAUGUAUACAAAAGAUUGCCAACCAUCCCGUGUUGUGCAAAGAUUCAGACUUGAAGUUGUUCCUAGAGAGUGAUACGUUCGCAUUGGAUAUCAAGCACCGCAAGAUUGACCCGGGCUCCCCUGGGCCUUCCAGUGGUAUCAUUUCUUCCAUUGGGCAAACAUUAACAGGAACGAGAUUCUAUGAGACAGACGACUACUUUGACUCCAAAAGAACAUAUUUAGAUUCACUCGAAGCGCAACUUCGUUCUCUCGUCAAGUCUAUCGACCUUGUCUCCAAACAUCGCAUGGAAAUGGCCCAGGCUGUAUCUGAGUUUAGCGAUCAUGUCAAAGAGCUUGCAGAGGGUGGAGAUUUCAACACAGGAUUAAAUGUCUCCGGUUCCUCACAAGCUCAACAACUCUCACAAACUUUGAUGGGUCUGGCUGAGGUUGAAAGGAAAGCGCAAGAAUUACAUGUACUUCAAAGCGAACAAGACAUGAUUACCAUCAUGGGGACCGUCGAUGAGUAUGCGAGGUUAAUUGGAAGUGUUAGGAUGGCAUUUUCCUCUCGCGGACGGAUGUAUCAAGCUUGGAAGAAUGCAGAUGUCGACGUCAUCCGUGUCAAGCAGGUACAUGAGCGCAACCGGGGUACCUCUGCAUACGGAGGGAACUCGCCAACACCCGGCGGAAGUCUCAGCAAAGGGGCCGGUGGUGCUCUGGGUCACUCUUUAAGUCAAAUAGCUGAGUCUGAAAUGCGUGCUGCGCAAGCCAAACGAGCAUUUGAAAACACGUCGCGUUUAUGUAAAGCUGAAAUGGCUAGGUUUGAGGAGGAGAGAGUGGAAGACUUCCGUGAUGCUCUGCGGGCUUGGUUAGAAGGUAUGAUUGGAAGGCAGUCAGAGCUUAUCACUGCUUGGGAGAGUUAUCAGCAGAGCCUGUUGAGAAGAUCUGAACGAGUGCAGAACGGAAAGGCUCCGUCAAUCUCAGCGCAAUAAGGGUAUCGUUGGAUUAUCAUUAUACUGGAAAGCUGUACCUACUCACUAUUAUGAUACACUUCUUCUGACCCUCUUCGGCGGUCUCGCCGACUGCUGAGGAUGAAAAACUAUAAAAGAACGUUCUUGGUCGUCCUCUGUAC